AAACUGACUUUUGAAUAUGUCAUAUGAGACAGGUGAUUUUAUUUUGUGGUUAGUUUAAUGCAGGUCAUUUUUUUCUGUCACUUAUUGAAAGUUGGUUUAAAAAAAUAGGAGGACUCUUGUUUUGCAGAGAGGAGUCAGUGUUCUUUAUUUGUUGUAAGCUUUUGAAGUGUGAUGUUGUUUAUGUAACGUUACCCACCAGUAGGGAAAUAAUCACUUUAAAAUGUUACAUUGACUUUUAUCUGAUGAGCAAUUUAUCUGUUAAUUUAUUUCCUUUAAAGUGUCACAACUUUUGAAAAGGUCACAAAUACUUUAUGUCUAAAGAUGUGUAGUGAUUUUGCUCUCACUUCUUGUUUUUGUACUUGCCACGCUUCAUAGAGUAUCUUUAUGCUUAUUUCCUAUUUUUGUCACUGCCUCUAUUGUAGAUAAGCUGUGAAGCCUGUCAGCAGCCAGCCGGUGGGCAGAGACUGUCUGGGGCUCUGUCUGGGGUUUUAGAGAACGACUGGCACAGACGGGCCGAGCACAAAGACACAGAUUUCAGUCUGACUCGGUGAACCUGCACACUUGUGUUUUUUUGUUUUUCCUGGCGUGGCAGUCAUGGCAGUCGUGGGAGGACAUAUGUUUGAGUGAAUCCUCUCACUGGAUGUCAUGUCCCUCUGCUGAUUGAUUGCUUAUGUGCAGUAGUUCAGCUUUCAUAAGCGCAACUUCUGGGCGGAGCUAGCAAUGGGAACGACCACAUUGCUGGAAUGUUUUGCUUGCUCUGGGCGAAUACGCUGGCUGCCACGCCCUCUUCGCCUUAUGAGACCUUUCCAGCCAAUCCGCUGUUACCCUGAGACAGCACCACCACACUGGCAAUUCCCUCGCAUCAACGGUCACUCUAAAUCAGAGCGCACUGCGAGGGACUCAGCCAUGGGUUACGACAGUGCCUCAGUAAUGAGCAGCGAGCUGGAGUCCAGCUCAUUUGUUGACAGUGAAGAAGAUGAGGAUGCUAGCAGGCUCAGUAGCUCCACGGAACAGAGCUCUUCCUCACAGCUGAUGCGCAGACACAAGCGCCGCCGACGGAGGCACAAAGUGGCCAAGAUAGACCGGUCUUCAUCCUUCAGCAGUAUCACAGACUCCACUAUGAGCCUCAACAUCAUCACAGUCACACUCAACAUGGAGAAGUACAAUUUUUUGGGUAUCAGUAUUGUCGGUCAGAGUAACGACCGGGGGGAUGGCGGCAUCUACAUCGGCUCCAUCAUGAAGGGGGGAGCUGUGGCUGCUGACGGCAGAAUAGAACCUGGAGACAUGCUCCUCCAGGUGAAUGACGUAAACUUUGAGAACAUGAGCAAUGACGACGCUGUGAGGAUUCUCAGAGAGAUUGUUUCCAAAACUGGUCCUAUUAGUCUUACUGUUGCCAAAUGUUGGGACCCGUCUCCACGAAGCUACUUCACCAUCCCCCGCGCUGAACCAGUGAGACCGAUUGACCCUGCUGCCUGGAUUUCACACACAACCGCCCUGACAGGACCUUACCCUCACUAUGAAUUUGAUGACUUGCCUCUAUCUGCAAGUAAAACAGACAUGGCAACCAUCGUCAAGGUGAUGCAGUUGCCAGACUCUGGCCUAGAGAUUCGAGACAGGAUGUGGUUGAAGAUCACCAUCGCUAAUGCUGUCAUUGGUGCUGACGUGGUGGACUGGCUUUACUCCAGAGUAGAAGGAUUCAAGGACAGGCGGGAUGCGAGGAAGUAUGCGAGCAGUCUGCUGAAACAUGGCUACCUGAGACACACCGUCAACAAGAUCACCUUCUCCGAACAGUGCUACUAUACCUUUGGGGACCUCUGCCAAAACAUGGCAUCACUCAAUUUAAAUGAGGGAUCCAGCGGCGGAGGUUCUGAGCAGGACACUUUGGCACCACUCCCUCCUACCAGCAACCCCUGGCCCCUGGGCGGGCAGCCAUUCCCCUACCCUCCCUUUCCCUCCGCACCCCCCAGCUUCCCGCCAGGAUACUCAGACCCAUGCCACAGUUUCCACAGUGGGAGCGCAGGCAGCCAGCACAGCGAGGGAAGCCGAAGCAGUGGAUCCAACCCCAGCGCAGGCAAAGGUAGACGCUCCUCCCGACCGGAGAAGGGUCAAAGGUCAACAUGCAGCGAAUCAGAGCCCGGCAUCCGUGGAGGGAGGCGCGGCGAUAGGUCCGCCAGCCAAAUGAGCCACCAUAGCCACGCCGUCUCGAGUCACAGCCACACCCGAUCCAGUCUCAGUCACAGUCAGUCACACAGGAGCCACUCUGUCUCACAGAACAGCCACCCCUCCUUCACCUACAGCCACGCCCCGUUCACCCAGCCAGCUCCAGGCUCCUGUGCCCAGAGCGAGCGAAGCCAUGCCUCCUCCUACGGUCCCCCAGGCUUGCCUCCUCCUUAUUGUCUGGCCCGUCUGGCCCCCAAAACCUCAGUCAGCAGCAGCACGCCCCCUGGAGCCCCUCCUGGGAGAGAGUUAGCAGCCGUUCCUCCUGAGCUCACCGCCAGUCGCCAGUCCUUCCAGCAUGCUAUGGGCAAUCCCUGUGAGUUCUUUGUUGACAUCAUGUGACAGGACAGUGCCUUCAAAACUCAUCGAGCACAAAACAGUUCUCCCUGAACCCAUCCACCCCCUUCUCUCUUUCCUCUCAAUCUUUUGCCUCUAACCGUCUCUGAGUUCAGAAUGUAGACGCUGACUGGUCCCCACUUACCCCCCGCUAUCUGUCAAUCCCUCUGAUGUCCGUGCAAAGGAUUAUAGGCAGCAAGAGCACAACAGGAGGCAGUCCUCUCACACAUACAAACACGGGUCCUCUGUGGCUGAAAAAAACCCUCUUUUGUAUUGACGUGACGUGUACAGUUUGUGAAAUGUGAGUGGUGUUCAGUGUGGUGAUUCUUUAAAGCUGCCACGCAGACAUUCUCUCGGGAGUGUGUACUCUACGUAGGAUAAUUUCUGUUCUGCAAGACCUUUAAGCUGGCUGGGCCUGGAUCUCAAUCCCCCAGACCCAGACCAACACCCACAGCCCGCACUUAGGAACUUUUCUUUGGGCCUCGAACUUGGACUGGAUCUCCUGGCUCUUAUCUGUGCAUACUGGUAAAAUUUAUGUCAUUACACCAAACAAAUGGCCCCAUUUCCUUUAUGCUGUGGCUCUGCCACCAGCAUAUUUAAGCUUUCACCUGCCAACUACUAAACAUUAACCUUGAUCAGUUCACAAACCGUGCAUUUCUUCAACUUCAUAAGGGAGACCCUGUAGCCAGCCACUAGUUUAACUAGGCUGCAUAUUGCAUGACUGUCUCAACUGCUUUAAAGAAAAGAAAUUUUAUUAAUACGUUUUGUUUAAAGUAUUACCAUUAUUGGAGGGAGAGGUUACCUCUUGCCAAUGUUCUAAAGGAAGAAUCCAUACACUGGAUGAUUUUUGUGAUGUUAUUUAUGUGAUCAUAUUGCAUUAAUGGUGUCAUAUUUUGUCUAAGACAGCUGACAGACAAUCAGACAUCCCCCCCUUUGUGAAUCAGUUGCCAGUUUUCACUGUCCUAGCUGUGCUUUGUCGAAUGUACCAUUAUUCCCGUCAGCGAUUAAACCCUGACACUCAUAACGCGGUUUAAACACUUUUAAGUGAAUGAACUUACAAACAGGAUUGCAAACAGUGGAUACCCACCACAGCAGUGAAAACAAACUGAAAGGGUUGACAUGAGACACACCGGUUUGCUGAAAGCACCAUUGCUGUCUCCUUCGUAGUAGCGAGUGUGAGCUUCGAUAAAAGUCAGUGAGUUAAAAGCCAAAGCCUCACAUUGUGUGGUGGAUAUGUAGAAGCUGUCUAUGAUGUAAAUCUCUUUAUGAUGUUCAUCAGACACUUCUCAUUUUAUCAUCUUCAGAGUGACUUCAUGGGGAAUCCUGGCCUUCAGGUUCUUAUAUCCUUGCAAAACAGCGGCAAACCCCUGUUGUACCUACCUAAAAAACGAGGGGAAUAACACACACACACAGAUUAGUUUUAUGAGCACUUUUCCAUUUUGUCUCUCCCUCCCUUUAGUAUGAAACACUGUUUGCAAUCAAAGCUUUCUCUUUAAUUUUGUUUCUUUACAAAAGAAGAAUAAAUUGUACAUAGAAAUUUAUUAUAUAUAUGAAUAAAAAUAUAUAUGUUCAAAAUUCUGUCG